UGCCGGCACUCGCGCAUGCUGGUCCGUCAAUGCCGGCACCCGCGCAUGCUCCUUAGCCGUAGGUCCCGAGCGGAGGUUUCAAACGACGCCAGUCGCCAGCAGCAGCAGCAGCGUCUGACCGACGGGCGGCCGCGGCUCCGGCUUCGGCUUCUCCUCAUGGCUUUCUGCACCUUCGUCGGCGGGGAGCUCUACAAGGGCCACUUUGAACCCGGUAUAUACGUCUGUUCAAAGUGUGGACAUGAAUUGUUUUCAAGUCAGGCUAAAUAUGAACAUUCUUCACCGUGGCCUGCUUUUACCAAGACCAUUCAUCCAGAUAGUGUGUCCAAAAGAAAAGAUGGCAAACAUGCACUAAAGGUUUCUUGUGGAAAGUGUGGGAAUGGCCUUGGUCACGAAUUCCUUGACGAUGGGCCCAAAGCAGGCCAGUCCCGUUUCUGAAUAUUCAGCAACUCGUUGAAGUUUGUCGCUGAGAGUCAAAGGAACUCUAGUGGAUAAAUGAUACGAGCUUGGAACUGGCUUUUUAUCGGUUGGAAGUUGCAGUUUGCCUGAAAAUGCCAUGCAACUCGGCAUUAGAUCUCUCGGAAUACUCCAACAAAGGCUUCCAUAUAUCUGUAUUUUUGUUGGUUAGUCAUUACAUGAAGUUUUCUGGAUAAACCUUCUUGAAUGUCCUGGAAAUAGAAACUUGCAUGAUUAUCCUGACAAAAAUACUCGCUCAGUCUUAAGAUAAUUGUAAAAGCUUGUAGUCAGAUCACUUUAUUUUUGAUGAUAUCAGUCGAAACAAGCAUGGAAUUUGCACUAGAAAACCGUUUAAUCUUUUGUAGGAAUUAAGCGGGUCAGGCACCAAUUGCAGAAGGAAUGGACAUGUGACGUUUCAGACUCUGAAGAAGGGUCCAAACCCGAAACGUCGCCAAUCCCUGUCCUUCAGAGAUGGUGCCUAAACUGUUGAGUUAAUCCAGUACUUAAUGUUUUGCUCAAGGUUUCAGCAUCAGCCGUUUCUUGUAUCUCAGUCUUAAUCUUUUGUUCAAAUCCAUUUUGAGUCACACAUGUCAAGAAAAGGUAAUAUUUUACUGUGACUAUCAGUUAAAGAAAACUACUUGUAAUCUUGAGCAAACUGUGCCUGUGUGAUAUUAAAUGUUGCAAAGCAUACAAAAUACCACAAUCACAUACUUCAAUCUAUCAUUGGUUUGGGUGUGUAUUGUUAGAUAUGCAUUUGGUAGGACCAAAGGAAACUUGUAAUUCUCAGUAAUUGAGAGGGGAGCAUGAUUCUGCAUUGAUCUGGGUGUGGUGGCUAAACUUGAUAUCAUUUCUCAAUCAAGCAAGAAUAAGAAGGAGGAGUAAUUGGAUUAGACUGAUUGAUGGCAUUUGCAACCUGAU